CUGUAAUGAAAGUCAGCAGCUCCAUUUUGUGACGAGUGAAAACUAAAAGAUUUCAGGAGUAAAAACACAGGUUUAAUUUCACACACCGAUGUUGGAGUGAAGUAAACGUGUGUCCUGCUGUAAUCUGGAGAAGGAGACAUGACCUCCAACAUGAGUGUGUCUGGAAAACAGGACUUAAAGAAAGACGAGAGAAUGAUGGAGGGAAAGAGAUCAGACUCACCAGAUCCCAGCUGUGUGUCCAUGAAGAGUGACGAGUCAAUGGAACAUCCAAUACACUUCAGAGACAGAGACAGUUCUACUGAUGUGAGACCAAAAAAAUCAAACAUCAGCAGAAAUCAGCUGGACUCUAUUUUCAAGGAGCUGGAACACAAAGUCAUCACUCUGAUAAAGAAUGAGCUGAAGAGGUUUAGGAAGCUCCUGAGUCCAGAUUACCCAGCAUGCACUGAAAGGGAGGUGGAGGAUGAGGAGGAUCUGCACAGUGUCACAGAGGGAGCGCUGAAGAUCACACUGCAUGUCCUGAAGAACAUGAACCACACAGAUCUCGCUAACACACUGGACAACAAACUCGCCUCUGUGUAUCAGCCAAAGUUGAAGUCCAGGCUGAGAGAGAAGUUUAAAAGAAUUAAUGAAGGAAUCUCACAGCAUGGAAGCUCAGCACUUCUGAAUGAGAUCUACACUGAGCUCUACAUCACAGAGGGUUGGAGUGGAGACAUCAGUAAUGAACAUGAGGUGAGACAGAUUGAGGCAGCGUCCAGGAGACCAGCAACACAGGAGAAACCCAUCAAAUGUAAUGAGAUCUUUAAAGACAAGUCCAUCAGAACUGUGCUGACUAAAGGAGUUGCUGGAAUUGGAAAAACAGUUUCUGUGCAGAAGUUCAUUCUGGACUGGGCUGAAGGAAAAGUAAAUCAGGACGUCUUCUUCAUGUUUCCAUUUCCAUUUAGAGAGCUGAAUCUGAUGAAGCAGCAAAAUCUCAGUCUGAUGAAUCUUCUUCAUGACUUUUUCCCAGAAAUAAGAAAACUAGAAUCAAUACACUGUGACUCCUACAAAGUGGUGUUGAUCUUUGAUGGUCUGGAUGAGUGUCGGCUUCCUCUAAAUUUCCAGAAGAAUGAGAGAUUGUGUGAUGUGACAGAGUCAGCCUCAGUGGAUGUGCUGCUGACGAACCUCAUCAAGGGGAAUCUGCUUCCCUCUGCUCUCCUCUGGAUAACCACAAGACCAGGAGCAGCCAAUCAGAUCCCUCCUGAGUGUGUAGACCAGGUAACAGAGGUACGAGGCUUCAGUGAUCCUCAGAAAGAGGAGUACUUCAGGAAGAGGAUCAGUGAUCAGAGCCUGGCCAAUAAAAUCAUUACUCACCUGAAGUCUUCAAGAAGCCUCAACAUCAUGUGCCACAUCCCAGUCUUCUGCUGGAUCUCAGCCACUGUUCUAGAGAGAAUGUUGGGUGUAGCAAAGAGUGGAGAGAUCCCCAAGACUCUGACUCAAAUGUACACACACUUCCUGGUCUUUCAGAUCAAACACAAGGACCAAAAGUACCAUCAGAAAUGUGACUCUGAUCCUCAGCAGACCAGAGAGAAUAUCAUGGCACUGGGAAAACUGGCUUUCCACCAGCUGGAGAAAGGAAACCUGAUCUUCUAUGAGGAAGACCUGAGAGAGUGUGACAUUGAUGUAAGAGAAGUGUCAGUGUACUCAGGAGUGUGUACCCAGAUCUUCAGAGAGGAGUUUGGGCUUCACCUGGGGAAGGUGUUCAGCUUUGUACAUCUGAGUGUUCAGGAGUUUCUGGCUGCUUUAUAUGUAUUGAUCGGCUUCAUUUUAAGAAAUACAAAUGUGCUUGUGGGGCAAAGCACUGGACUUUUUAAUUUCUUCAGAAAUCCAAGCAUGUCUGAUCUCCUCAGGAGUUCAGUGGACAAGGCCUUACAGAGUGAGAAUGGACACCUGGACCUGUUCCUCCGCUUCCUUCUGGGUCUCUCACUGGAGUCCAAUCAAACUCUCUUACAAGACUUAAUGCCACAAACAGGAAGCAGAUUUCACAGCAAACACGAAACAGUGGAGUACAUCAAGGAGAAGAUCAGGGAGAAUCCAUCUCCAGAGAAAUCCAUCAAUCUGUUCCACUGUCUGAAUGAACUGAAUGAUGAUUCUCUAGUGCAGGAAGUACAAACUUACCUGAACAGAGGAGGUAACAGUCAUCUCAUUAGAACCAGACUCUCUCCUGCUCAGUGGUCAGCUCUGGUGUUUGUGUUACUGAACUCAGAACAGGAGCUGGAUGUGUUUAAGUUGAGUAAAUAUGAUCCAUCAGAUGAAGGUCUUCUGAGGCUGCUGCCAGUGGUCAAAGCCUCCAGAAAAGCUGAUCUGUGUCUCAGUAAUCUGACAGAGGAAAGCUGUAGAGUUCUGUCCUCAGUUCUCAGCUCAAACUCCUCCAGUCUGAGAAAACUGGACCUGAGUUACAAUAAACUGCAGGAUUCAGGAGUGAAGCUGCUCUCUGAUGGACUGAAGGAUCCACACUGUACACUGGAGAUACUGAGUCUGUGUCUCUGUAAUCUGACAGAGGAAAGUUGUAGAGUUCUGUCCUCAGUUCUCAGCUCAAACUCCUCCAGUCUGAGAGAACUGAACCUGAGUUACAAUAAACUGCUGCAGGAUUCAGGAGUGAAGCUGCUCUCUGAUGGACUGAAGAAUCCACACUGUACACUGGAGAAACUGAGUCUGUUACAGUGUAAUCUGACAGAGGAAAGCUGUAGAGUUCUGUCCUCAGUUCUCAGUUCAAACUCCUCCAGUCUGAGAGAACUGGACCUGAGUAACAAUAAACUGCAGGAUUCAGGAGUGAAGCUGCUCUCUGAUGGACUGAAGAAUCCACACUGUACACUGGAGAAACUGAGUCUGUGUCUCUGUAAUCUGACAGAGGAAAGCUGUAGAGUUUUGUCCUCAGUUCUCAGCUCAAACUCCUCCAGUCUGAGAGAACUGGACCUGAGUGUCAAUAAAAUGCAGGAUUCAGGAGUGAAGCUGCUCUCUGAUCUACUGAAGGAUCCACACUGUAAACUGGAGACACUACACAUUAAGGAUAAGAAACUCACCAGGUCUGGUGUAUGACAGGAGUCUCUCCUCAGACAUUUUUUCCAGGAUAAAUCAGUUAUGGUGGUAAAGCGUUAGAACACGUCCCAAAUUUCCAGCAGUUUGGGAGCUGAAUCAUUCAUAUUCAGAUGUAGAAGAUCCAUAACAAUAACUGUGACUGAUCCUUCAGCAUCUACACACAACACGGAGAUAUCAUCACAUCAUCACACUGAUUACACAAAUACACAUCCAUGUGUUACAGAUGUUUAUAGAUUAUUUUCACCUCUUUAAUUGUAUCUCAAAUGUGUUUCUCCACAGAUGAUUGACUCACAGUUGUGAUCUUGAUUUAUUUAUUUUCCUUUAAAAGUGUCUUCUUUUCAAACCCUUUUAAAAUCGUUAUUAAAAUUCCUUUAAACAUUAAAGGAAUCUUCUUUUUUGUGUAGUUGAACUUUUUUCUUAAUUUCCUAAUGACAUUUUUUAUCUUGGUUGUAUCUUGUUUUUAUAUAAUUUAACUUCUUUUUUUUCCUCUUUCCACCAUAUAUUUUGCUUUAUUUCUUCAUUUUGCCCCCUUCGAGUUCUUUCUCUUCCCUUUUUUAUAUUUUUGUUCUCUUUGGCUAAUUCAUUCUCUAAUUUUUUAAAAUGUACUUUUACUUGUUAUUUCUCUUUUCUUUCUUUCUAAAAAUGUAACAUUAUCUUCCUCAUUCAUUUCAUUUCCUUUUUUCUUUUUCUAUAAUUUCUCUAAUCUUAAAAUCAUAGUCGUUUUUCUUUAAACUUUCUGUAUUUAGAAUCCAUACACUUUGUCCCCUUUCUACAUUAUUCCAGUCUUAAAAAAUAAAAACUCAUGAUACUCAAACUUGUUUCCUUAUAUCUGAUUUUGUCUGUAAAGUUUUCUACAUUUCUUGUACAUAAAAUAAAGUCAAUCCUUGUCCUGCAA